CAAAAUCAGAGAACUAGGGAUAGGUUUUGGACUUGGUGAUCAGAGAUUCAAAACUACUGAUAUGCCUCGAUAUGAAAGUAAAAAUGACGAUCGCAGAAGAUCGUCUCCGUAUUCUUACGAAGAUCGGAAGUCGCAUCAUCACCAGAGCCAGUCUAAUGGAUCACAGCACUACAGAGUGAAGGCUAAUGGUUCUGGAGAUCAAGACCAUCACAGUCACCGUGAGGAGUACAAGGAUAAAAACACUAGGAGCUACAGAAGAAAUGACGACAAUGAGGAUUACAGCCGUUCCAGGAACCAUAAAUUUGACAGGCGCCAGGAUCGUGGAGGUAGAGAGAAGGGUGAGACACGUAGAUCCCGUUCUAGGUCAAAGGAUUGGUCUCAUGACAAAGCUAGAUCAAGAUCAAGUUCUCCUUUACCACCAAAGAGCAAGCGGACAAGUGGCUUUGAUAUGGCUCCACCAGUUGCAGCAUCUUUUUCUAGUGGGGCAGAAGGCAAUAUUGGACUUUAUGUCCCACCAUGCUACUCGUGGGCGUGAGGACUGUAGAUUUAAUUCAACGAGGAAUCAGUGCUUCGGUUAGCUGGAACUUUUCCAUCAUCAACAGCAACUGUUGUAAUUUGGUAGACUCACAAUUGUUAUCCAGGAACCUGCAGUGGUGGAAUAUAAUUCUUGUUUUAUUAUCUGAAUGGUAUACAAUAUCUUGAACAAUUUCUGGGUUCUUCCAACG